AUGGAACCCCGAGACACCACUGUUUACUUUCACUGCUAUGUCAUUGAGAAAGAUAAACAGCAACCCAUUUCAAUUCCAUCACGGAGACGAACAUGGCAUUGGCGCAAAGGAAGUGAAAUUAAUCAGGUUCUUUAUUUUACUGCCUUAUUUUAUGGAGAAACGAGCUAUAACGGGAAGGGUGUCAACAAAGAACCACCACCAACCUUACAAAUCCCCAACCACAAUGCCUUCUGCAUGGCUAUACUCAAUUACCAACCUCAUAUCACUUGGACAAUUUCGGCAAUAGCCAAAGCGUUUUAUCAUCUGGAAAAAAAUAUACCACCAAAAUUAAGCAAGGCCAAUUUUAACGAAAAUUUGCUAAAAGUGAAGUCGUUGUUUUAUGCUACUGUUUGCUGCAGAACGAGCAGUGAGAUGCAAGACAAACAGACAACUGUACGACUAAUAAUGCAGCGGAAAUACGAGGUAGGAUGCAUAUGGAAGCAUAUAGGAAUAAAAGAUGGGUAUAAUUUGGAUAGAGGUAGGGGUGCAUUAAGACAUUCAGAAAUUCACAAGCGUUGA